GAGUGGGAGGAGGAACAUUCACCAGUUCUGGUGCUGCAUCGUUCAACACAUCUGGAAGUAGUUUAAGCGGUUCUCUCCACAUAAACUCCAACAGGGCAAUGUCUGGAUUCUGUGCGGCUCUAUAGCAGUACAGAAAAGAAGGAAAAGCAGUUCCAACUUCCAGGUCAACCCCAAAAGAAUUUUAAAAGACAUUUCUCCAUCCAAGUACUUUGCAGCAACUACAGAGGACCUUCACGUCUCUCGCCUGCAGGAUUUCAGUGGAGAUCCUAUGAGAGAGGACGUUCUAGCAUGAAUGUUUACAGCACUGGAUCAUCUAUCUAACAAGAGCAGCUGCCUUGCAGUUAUUUUUUUUUUGGUGAAAGAAUUCCCAAUUGCUACGCUGCCUUUGAAAGAUUACAAAAAAAAGGACUGUAUGGCUCUGUUACGAAAAAUUAAUCAGAUCCUAUUGUUCCUUCUUGUUUUGACUCUGUGUGCUAUUCUGUAUAACAAAGUUCACAAGUUGCCAUCCACCAUGAUAAAGAAUGAAGCAGUUGAUUUGGAGAGCCCUGAGGAAAUGGAAGAAGAAAUUCCUGUGGUGAUAUGUGCUGCUGCAGGCAGAAUGGGUGCAGCCAUUGCAGCAAUCAGCAGCAUUUACAGCAACACUGAUUCUAAUGUCUUGUUCUAUGUGGUUGGACUAAAGAAUGGCAUUCCACAUAUCAGAAAGUGGAUUGAAAAUUCCAAGCUGAAAGAUAUAAAGUUCAAAAUUGUGGAAUUCAACCCCAUGGUGUUAAAAGGGAAAAUGAGACCAGAUGCAGCACGUCCUGAGUUACUUCAACCUCUAAACUUUGUUCGAUUUUACCUCCCUCUGCUUAUCCAUGAACAUGAAAAAGUGAUAUAUCUAGAUGAUGAUGUGAUUGUGCAAGGUGACAUCCAAGAACUGUAUGACACAAAGCUAGCCCGCGGUCACGCUGCAGCUUUUUCAGAUGACUGUGAUCUGCCUUCAACUCAUGAAAUUGUCAGAAGUGUAGGAAUGCAAAAUACCUACAUGGGGUUUCUGGACUACCGAAAGCAAACAAUCCGAGAUCUUGGCAUAAGCCCCAGCACCUGCUCCUUUAAUCCUGGUGUCAUUGUUGCCAAUAUGACAGAAUGGAAGCACCAGCGAAUCACAAAGCAGUUAGAAAAAUGGAUGCAGAAAAAUGUAGAAGAAAAUCUGUACAGCAGCACGCUUGCUGGAGGUGUGGCAACCUCCCCAAUGCUCAUUGUAUUCCAUGGAAAAUACUCAAAUAUUAAUCCUUUAUGGCAUAUUCGACAUCUAGGCUGGAGUCCAGAUGCCAGGUACUCAGAGCAUUUUCUUCAUGAAGCCAAGUUACUUCACUGGAAUGGAAGAUACAAACCUUGGGACUACCCUAGUGUUCACACUGACCUAUGGGAAAAGUGGUUUAUUCCUGACCCUUCAGGGACUUUUAAAUUGAUUCGUCCCAAUAGCUGAUGUGUCAUUUACAUUUUUAAGGCAUAAGGAUUAGUCAUUUGCAGCAUGCACAAGAUACCUAAUUCUAUACAAUAUUUUGCGAUGUGACAUUUCCUCCUUUGUUGCACAUAAAGCUGCUGCAUGUCUGUAACUGAAGACAUGUCUCAAAAUUAAAUUAAAUGAACAGUUCACUGGGGUAUGAUAAAGCAGGCACAGUUUGGUGAAGCUUCUAUUUUAAGUCAUGCCAUUAAGACUACAAUGCUUAGGAGAAAGUACUUUAUAAAAAUAGGGACUUGUUUUAAGUCAUACUCUGUAAAUAAAUGUUGUUUCUUGGUAACAAAUUGUAAGUCUUUUUGAAUAAAAAAAGGUUUGC